CCCUCCCGACAGCCGCCGCCAUGGCCCGGCUGACCGAGAGCCAGGCGCGCAGGCAGCAGCAGCACGCGCUCCUGCAGCCGCGGCCGUCGCCCGUGGGCGUGGGCGGCAGCGGGCCCGAGCCCCCCGGGGCGCAGCCCGACGGCAUGAAGGACCUGGACGCCAUCAAGCUGUUCGUGGGGCAGAUCCCGCGCAACCUGGACGAGAAGGACCUGAAGCCGCUCUUCGAGCAGUUCGGCCGCAUCUACGAGCUCACGGUGCUGAAGGACCCCUACACGGGCAUGCACAAAGGCUGUGCCUUCCUGACCUACUGUGCCAGGGAUUCCGCCAUCAAAGCUCAGACUGCCCUGCACGAGCAGAAGACCUUGCCCGGGAUGGCGCGGCCAAUCCAGGUGAAGCCUGCAGACAGCGAGAGCCGCGGAGGUAGGGACCGGAAGCUGUUCGUAGGCAUGCUCAACAAGCAGCAGUCCGAGGAGGAUGUGCUGCGGCUGUUCCAGCCCUUCGGGGUCAUCGACGAAUGCACUGUGCUCAGGGGCCCUGACGGCAGCAGCAAAGGCUGUGCCUUUGUCAAGUUCUCUUCCCACACGGAGGCGCAGGCGGCGAUCCACGCCCUGCACGGCAGCCAGACCAUGCCGGGAGCGUCUUCCAGCCUGGUGGUCAAGUUUGCAGACACGGAUAAGGAGCGGACCCUCCGGCGCAUGCAGCAGAUGGUGGGCCAGCUGGGCAUCCUGACGCCGUCCCUCGCCCUGCCCUUCAGCCCCUACAGUGCCUACGCCCAGGCUCUCAUGCAGCAGCAGACGACGGUCCUGUCCACCUCGGGCAGCUACCUGAGCCCCGGCGUGGCCUUCUCCCCCUGCCACAUCCAGCAGAUCGGCGCGGUCAGCCUUAACGGGCUGCCCGCCACACCCGUCGCUCCUGCGUCAGGGCUGCAUUCACCCCCGCUGCUGGGCACCACCGCCGUGCCCGGCCUCGUGGCGCCCAUCACCAAUGGCUUCGCCGGUGUUGUGCCCUUCCCAGGCGGGCACCCUGCCCUGGAGACCGUGUAUGCCAACGGCCUGGUGCCCUACCCAGCUCAGAGCCCCACAGUGGCCGAGACGCUCCAUCCUGCCUUCUCCGGAGUCCAGCAGUACACAGCCAUGUACCCCACCGCGGCCAUCACGCCCAUCGCGCACAGUGUCCCUCAGCCGCCGCCCCUCCUGCAGCAGCAGCAGCGUGAAGGUCCCGAAGGCUGUAACCUGUUUAUCUACCACCUCCCCCAGGAGUUUGGAGACAUGGAGCUGACGCAGAUGUUCCUGCCCUUCGGCAAUAUCAUCUCCUCCAAGGUCUUUAUGGAUCGGGCUACCAACCAGAGCAAGUGUUUCGGAUUCGUGAGCUUUGACAACCCGGCCAGCGCGCAGACCGCCAUCCAGGCCAUGAACGGCUUCCAGAUCGGCAUGAAGAGACUUAAAGUGCAGCUGAAGCGGCCCAAAGACCUGGGACACCCCUACUGACCACACCACAGCCGCCCCGAGGCUGCGGACCUGGCCCAGGUGAGCCGCCAGGCGGCCCCACUUCCCGCCCAGCCCUGGUCUUGUCCAAACCCCAGCCCAGCCCUCGCUUAUUGGCCAAACCUUCCCUGGGUUUGGUUGGGUUGGCAGGGACGGAGCUGGAUGAAGACACCCCAAUAACUGUGGUCAGGGCUGGAAAGGAGGCUGGGUGGGGGUGGGGAGGUGGGGGAGAAGCUGGGGUUCCCCAUCGAGGGUGGCGAGGCAAAUCCUUCCUGGAGAAGGUUUUGAGGGAUGAAUAGGAGUUCACUGGAAAAAGCAGGUUUGGCCUGGGGUACAGGGUGCAUUGGGGAGGGGCUGCUUCAGUCCUGUGACUCCUGUCCUCACCCAAAAGUCCCUAAACCAGAGGGGGGAAAUGUUCAAUGUGCACCCCAGACCCCACCCCUAAGGUUGGACUCAAAAAUGCCAAGCUGGAGCCUAGGACAUGGGGAAGGCCCUUGGUGGCCCCGGUCCCUGUCCUCUGUCCCCAGUUUCCUCUAGUGUCAUCCGUCCCCAUGGGGUUGGCCCUUCACACCAAACACCCCAAACCUCCGAGUUUAUUUUGCCGUCAGAACAAAGAACUGUAUCGCGCUCCUUUGGGGACCGAGAGCCGGACCCCCAGUCGCGUCUGUGAAAUGGGCUCCCGGGAGCUGCGGGCCAGCUGGGUCCCCAGCCGAGCCCAGGACCCGCCCCGGAAGGAAGGACUCUGGUUUAUGUGUUUUCUUCUUCCUUUUCCUGAGUUUAAACAUCACCGUUGCUGUCACAGGCGAGGGCCCGGCCUGGAGCCGCCUGGAGGGCCUGGUGGCCGCGGGACGGUGCCUGGCGGAGGCCGCCAACCCAGGCCACCUGCGCUGCCCGCUCCUGAGCCCCCCGUGUGUGCCGGGCACCCACCCAGCACUGGGGGCUCCGUCUUGAGCAGACUGAACAGGACACAGCAGGGGCCGAGGUGACCCCCGGGGCGCCCGUCACCAAGUCGGGGCGAGCCAGAGAGGGCGACAGCUUGGGUCCCGAAGGCCUGCCAAGCCGGGUAUGGGGUUGCGGGGUCGACCUCGGAACCCGGGAUUUUGCUCUUUUUUUUUUUUUAAAUCUAGGGGGCCGCAGGACCCCAGCCAGGCGGGCACAGGGGCUGGGGCGGGAGGGUGGCCUGUGACCCCCACGGACGCCGGUGGGGUGCUGUCACCCCGGAAGGCUGUCCCCUUCCACCCUGCCCAGGACUGUCCGUGAGCCACAGCUGGGUUCUGACACCAGCCCUCCACCCCUGUGUCCCCUCCCCCUGUCUCCCAUUCACCCCAAAAUGUCCCCAAAAAUGUGAAGCACUCAGAAUCCAGCGGGGCGCUCCGAGGUCUCCGGGUAGAGGGGACGGGGUCUCCCCCGUCGGCCGAGGGAGUCACACACUGCCACCCCCUCCACUUGGGGACGUCGCCUCCCUGUCCCCCUCCGCCCGACUUGGGGGCCAGCCUUGGUGACCCCUGACUCCCCCAGAGCCCGGAGACGCCUGUGUUUGCAGUGGAGAUCUUGGGGCGGGCUUCUCUGAUUUCCCGACAUCCGAGUGGGUGACCCUGAGCUGGUCACUUUGGGGACACAAGGCUGGGCGGCCCGGUGACCCCGGCGGGGCAGCAGGCCAGGACGUGCCGUCGUUACCUCUGGGGACACGCGGCCUCCCUGCCCCUGUCCGCCCGUCCCGGGCCUCCGCCUGCGCCAGGCCGCACCGAGGCGUCCACUCCAGCCCUCAAGUCACAGCCUUACUCGAGUGACCAGUAGCCCUUAGCUUUCUGUCGGGGCGGCCGGGGGUGGCACCCCGCCCUCACUGUCCCCUCCCUCGGGCAGGCAGCCCGCGUCCCUGCCGUCGAAUCACCAGCCUCCAAUUAAGGUCUUGUAACCAAGAUGGCCCGGACUGCCCCGGCCCGGGGGACGCGGACCGAGGAGGGGACCUCUUCACCUCUGCAGACUUGGCUGCUGCUGAGGGUUGGGUUUCUCCGAGCAGUGUACAGACGAAAAAACAAAAUAGCAGGCAGGGGAGAGAAUCACGUGGCAAUGACUCUUUGUUUCCUAGCUGGGGUGGGGGGAGGGGGGCCGGGGUGGGGGUGGGGGGCACCCCCUGUUUAGCUGCCCGACCGACCGCGGACCCCCCCCAACACCUGGAAAAAGCACAGCGUCCGGCGAGACACUGGACAACUCUUCCUACGCUCUGAGAAGACGGGAGAGGACAAAAUCGAAAACAUACACACACAAGAAAAAGGAAAAAUGCAAAAAAGAAAAAAAAAGUUCGUUUUUGUUGCUACCAAAAAAAAAAAAAGUGUUGACUGACCCAGAAAAGAGACAAAUGGAAAAUGACACACUGCAAAAAAGAAAAACAAACAAAAAGAGAAAAAAAAAUUGUUCAAGCGACUUCUGCGCCUCCGGAGUUGGGUAAUUGUCCCAGACGCCGCUCCCGCGUCCCCGUUCCCGUCCUCUCCGUGUGCCAAGGUGGCCUCGCCCAGGGCCCCCCGCUCCAUGUUUACCGGCUGUAAAUACCAUUUUUUAUACGCCACGUCGAGGACUGUGAUUUGUACGAUGUAGUUUAUUUCUGCUACGAGCAACUUCACAAACUGACUUUUGGAGCGCGAGCCCCUCCCCCGCGCGCAGGCCCGACGGCGAGGCAGGAGGGAGGGAGCGGAAGGGCCGAGCGGCUUCGGGGUGGCUUGGUCCGGAUUUUGUGUCAGAGAUUUGCCUGCCUCGUCCGUUGUUCAGGUGACAGAGGGGGAAGGGGCUGCUCCGCGUCCCAAACGCCUCUCUUUGGUCUGAAAAAAAAAAAAACCUAAAAAUUUAUUUAAUAAAAGUUUUACUUGCUA